ACCCGUUCUUCAAACUCUCCUCAACAUGUACGGACAGCCUCCACGCUUCAACCGCCGCCCCGCCGCCGGCCAUGCUCCGACGCCACCGCUGCAACACAAUCCAAUCUACACUCAAAACCCUAACUACUUCCUCCCUAUCCCCAACCUCGCCCCUCAAUUCAUCCAAAACCCUAAUUUUAACUUCCAAAACCCUAAUUUCCCAUCUCAAAACCCUAAUUUCUCAACUCAAAACCCUAAUUUCCCUGUUCACAACCCCAAUAUUCGUCCCCGGUCCAAUGAAGCUCUCGACAGAGUCGAUAAAGCUGCGCUCAAGGCGCGCGGAGAGAUUUUAGCGGCCGGAGAGAGCGUGACGGCAUGGAAAGUCAGUCAGGCGGCGUUGUUGAUGCUUAAAGCUGAUUCGUGGGAGUCGUUGGGGUUUCAGAUGCAGCAGGUUCCGUCAUUGUAUCAUCUUAUGGCCAUCGAAGGGAAGGUUAAUGCAUUUAUCCACUGUUUUGUUGGAGUACGAAAGAUUACAUCGUUGUACGAUUUAGAAUUGGCAAUUUGCAAGAAUGAGGGUACUGAAAAGUUUGACGAGCUUGAUCUGGGUCCUUUGGUACGCCAUCCUCUCAUCAUGCAUUAUUUUGGUUCAAGUUCAGAGGUGAAGGAUGUUUUCAAGAUUACAACUGAAGAGAUAAUUACUUUCCUUUCUACUUUCAUGAGAAGAAAGCAUAAAGACAUAAAGGCUGAUGAGCUAUUGGAUUUUAUUGCAAAGAAAAAAUCCGUGGAUAGCAAAGAAUUGCUUGGUGUGCGCAUUCGGAGUUUAGGGAUGCAUAUGUCUCAUAUCCACCAAGGAUGGAAUUCCGAACAGGCUGCAAUUAAAAAAUAUAUAGGGGAUGACAAACCAACAUCCGGCAGUAAAAGAAGGAAGCGUCCUCUUUUUACCUCGCAGAAAAAGCAGCUGGAUGAGCACUUUGGUCGUAUAUCAGAGCGCAUCAAUUCAUUUACUUCCACACAUGAGGAAUUCUGUGGGAAGCACAUAAAAUUUAAUUCAUCCGGCUCUGAAGAUGUUAGUGACAGUUCUAGUGAUGGUGAAGAUAACAAGGAUGAAAAUCUUCCAAAGAAUUCAUGUAGGUAUCAAUCGCAAAAUGAAAAUAGUUCAGAUCGUGUAAGUAGCUGUCCUUACCCAUCGGUGACUGAGGAAAGGACAAGACUUGGUUUAAAAGGUGAAGUGGGUCCUUCUCCAGCUAGCAGCUCUUUAAAAGACAACGAACUUAGCAGGCCUUUAAAAAGAAAGAGACAAUCUCAAAAUUCGAGUACAGGAACCCCAAAACAGUUAAAGAAAAGUAAUCAGGGUGAUGCACAUCGUUCGAUUAACAAUAAGCAGUUUAACAUGUCAAAAGCAAAAAAGAAGAAGCUGAGAUUUCUCAGUCAAAUGAAUGAGGUAGAACUUUCACGUGACAACGAUUCUAUCAGGAUGUUCAUCUUGACUUGGAAGGAGGCAUGUCGGGAGAACAAUGUUACUGAGGUUUUGGAUAGGAUGAUCCAAUUCUACAAAACGAGGAAAGGAAAGAAAGUAAAAGCUAUGUUUAUGCAGAAACCAUGCGCCGAAUUGCUUAAUGUUGCUGUUGAGGCUAUUAAAACUGGAAUGUGCGAUAGCAUGUAUGACACUCUACAAACUCUAAACCCACUAGGUGUAGCAAACGCACUUCCAAAGAAGUGCACUGAAGCUGUAAGCAUAGAGGUUGAACCAGCUGAAAAAAAUUCUGUGCACGCCAUUGGGAGGGAUUUGACAUACCAGCAUAGUAUUACUACUGAAGAUAUCCUCACGAAACUGGCAACAUAUUUUGCAAAUGAUAUUGACACUGUUGGUAAAGGAGAUCUCUCAUUUGAGGAAAGAAUAAUAUUUUGGAGGAAGCUCUCUAAGUUUGAGUUCUGGCUUGCUGAGCAGUUUUCUGUGGAAAGUUUUCAGUCUCUUGGUUAUGGAGAAUUUUUCACAUUUAUCGAGAAACAUGUCUCCCUGCUACCUCGUGCAUUUCAAAGGAUCUUAAGUUUUGAGACGUGCGAGAAUAUAUCUUUAGAUGCUUGCAUGCUUCAGCAUCAGCUGGAUGUUCUGUUGUAUCAAGCUUCAAACAGCUUACUCGAAAAUGAAACUUUGAGUGAACAGAAGAUAUCAGAAUUGCUUGCUAGACAGUUCCCUUCAAUAUGUUUAAAAUUAGUAACAAAUGGUUCUUCGAAAAAUAUUGAGGAUUUUUUAAAUGGAAAGAAACACUACAAAUCUUCUAAUAGCGUUUUGUUCUCUGCAACAUUGUUUGGCAAGAGCUUUACCGAAGACAUUUCUGAUCACCAUAUCAAUGCUGAUGGAUUAGCUAGUUCUAUAGGUCAUAACACUGAAGUGAUUGGGAUUGUAUCUACUAAGGAUGCACGUGAUGCUUUAAUCAAAGCUCCAAUGUUGACAGACCUGGAAUCAUGGUCGCAUUGGGGCCACAAAUAUUAUCCAUCUUUUGGUCCUCUUUUGCCUUGGUUGUUGACGGAGGUAAAUGCCAAAGAACUUCUAUGUCUAGUGACCAAGGAGGGUAAAGUGGUGCGAAUUGAUCCUUCAGCAUCCCUGGAUUCAUUUUUAGAAGCUUUUCUCCGGGGGUCAUCUUUUGAUACAGCUGUUCAGCUGUUGUCUUUGGUUGCAUUAUAUGGCGGUGAUUGUCAUGUCCCACUAUCACUUCUCAGAUGUCAUGCGCGGAAAGCUUUUGAAGUUAUUGUAAGAAACUCAUUGGAUGAUGAAUUGAACAAAAAGGACUUUGUUAUGGGUGGGAAAUCAUUAGAUAGGGAAUUUCUGUUUGUUGAAGCUGCAUACAAUGGUGAAAAAAAGAAUAAAUGUGGAUCUGAUAGAGCUAUGUCAGUUGCGGCAAAGUUCAUUCUUGAUUGUCUAGGUUAUCUACCUUUGGAAGUUCACAAAUUUGUUGCUAAUUUGUUACUUACAGGGUUGCAAUUUAUGACGAAAGAAGCUCCCUUGGCUAUUUUGAAUGAAUGCAAAAAUUUGAAGCAGCGUUGCAUGAUUCAUGAUGUGGGAUUGUCACUUGGCAUAGUGGAGUGGAUAAAUGAUUACAAUGCAUUUUGCUUGACCAGACCCCAGGAGCUGACCAUGUCCUCUAUACAGCCAAGUUUGGUAGAUGCAAGUUUCGAAUCCUCUUGUACUAAUAUCUAUACCCCAAAAACAGGAGACAACUUGCCCUUUACUGGUAAUGAUGCGAGUGCCCCUUCUCUUACGAGUCAACCUGAUGAACAACAUAAAGAAGUCUGCACAACAAAAUAUAAUACUGAAACUUCUGUAAGAAUUGUGCAUGAACCAAAACAUUUUUCUCAAGGAGAUGAAGUUAACAGUUCGGAUGCAGUCGUUGAAUCUAUUAGACGGGAAGAAUUUGGUCUUGAUCCUAAUCUCAUGGCUUCGGAAAGUAGCAUGUUGAAGAAGCAGCAUGCUCGCCUAGGGAGAGCAUUGCAUUGCCUUUCACAAGAAUUGUACUCUCAGGAUUCACAUUUUCUUCUGGAGCUGGUACAAAAUGCUGAUGAUAAUGUUUAUCCCGUGAAUGUGGAACCUACUCUGACUUUCAUUCUCAUGGAGGAAGGCAUUGUGGUCCUAAAUAAUGAGAGAGGCUUCUCUACUGAUAACAUCAGAGCCCUUUGUGAUGUUGGAAAUUCAACAAAGAAGGAGCCUUCUGCUGGAUAUAUCGGAAAGAAAGGGAUCGGCUUCAAAUCAGUGUUCCGUGUUUCUGAUGCUCCAGAAAUUCAUUCCAACGGGUUUCAUAUUAAGUUUGACAUAAGUGAAGGCCAGAUAGGGUUUGUACUACCUACUCCGAUUCCUCCUUGUGAUGUUGAAACAUUUAACAAGUUGGUGAAACAGGAUGCUGAUGAUAAUGAUAAUUGUUGGAACACUUGUAUUGUGCUUCCUUUCAGAUCGAAAUUUUCCGAGGCCCUGUCAGUGGACAAGAUUACAUCUAUGUUUUCAGAUCUUCAUCCAUCUUUGUUAUUAUUUCUUCAUCGUCUACAGUGUAUAAAGUUUAGAAACAUGCUCAAUGACUCAUUUACUGUCAUGAAGAAAGAAAUACUGGGAUGCGGUAUCGUAAAGGUUUCCCUAGGCAACGAGAAAUUGACUUGGUUUGUAGCAUCUGAGAAACUAAACUCUGGUGCUAUACGUCCUGAUGUGAAGACAACUGAAAUAUCUAUAGCGUUUACGUUAAAUGAUUUGGGUAAUGAGGAAUAUAUUCCGCGUUUGGACCAACAACCUGUAUUUGCCUAUCUUCCUCUGCGAACAUAUGGAUUGAAAUUUAUCAUCCAAGGUGAUUUUAUUCUUCCUUCUUCAAGAGAGGAAGUUGAUGGAGAUAGUCCCUGGAACCAGUGGUUAUUGUCAGAGUUCCCUCGUCUGUUUGUAAGUGCAGAGAAAUCUUUCUGUUCCCUCCCUUGUUUUAGAGAAAAACAAGGGAAGGCUGUUUCAGCUUUCAUGAGUUUUGUUCCACUUGUUGGAGAAGUGCAUGGAUUCUUUUCUAGUGUUCCCCGGAUGAUCAUCUCUAAAUUGCGCAGGUCAAACUGCCUUCUUCUAGAUGGCAGUAUUGAAGAAUGGGUCCCCCCGUGCAAGGUUAUAAGAAAUUGGACGGAUCAAACUCGCAGUCUUUUGCCUGAUAGCUUACUCAGUCAGCACCUUGGCCUUGGAUUAUUGCAUAGAGAUACAAUCUUAUCUGAUACGCUGGCUAAAGCUUUGGGUAUUGAGGAGUAUGGACCCAGAAUAUUGCUUCAGGUUCUGUCUUCAUUAUGUAGUUCUGAAGAUGGUCUGAGGUCAAUGGGUUUUACUUGGUUGGCUUCUUGGUUGAAUGCCAUUUACCUGAUGUCUUUUCACUCUGGGCAAGUUGUUUCCAAUAACACUACUGAAUUGGAUAUUUUAGCCAAGCUUAGAAAAAUACCCUUUAUUCCUUUAUCAGAUGGUAAAUAUGCUCCACUGACUGAUGGCACAAUUUGGUUACAUUCUGACUCUGAUAAUGAGUAUAUACCUGAAGCUUUUCCGAAGCUGUAUGCAACCCUUCGUACUGUGAAUCCUGUCCUACUAUCUGCAGUCACUGAUUCUAGUAUUUCAGAAUAUGACACUUAUAUGAUGGAUAACAUUACCAAAAUGCUUUGUUUAGCUGGUGUCGAGAGGUUAUCUGCGCAUGAAAUUGUGAAGGUGCAUGUCUUGCCAGCCCUUUCUAGCUUUAAAAAUGGUCAGGAUGACAAUGAGAUGAUGGUAGAAUACCUUGCUUUUGUAAUGUUUCACCUGCAAUCUAAGUGCUCCAACUGCUCUGCAGAAAGAGAGCAGAUUCUCUCGGAUUUACGUAGUAAAGCUCAUAUAUUGACUAAUUAUGGCUAUAAACGGUUUGUUGAUACGCCGAUACAUUUCAGUAAAGAUUUUGAGAAUCCUAUUGAUAUGGAUAAGCUGAUUGAUGGUAUAGAAAUGAAAUGGCAUGAAAUUGACAACAACUAUUUGAAACAUCCAAUUACUAAAUCAGUAUCUGAUGGAAUUUUGAAGUGGAGGGUUUUUUUCAAAGAUUUAGGAGCAACUGAUUUUGUGCAAGUUGUUGAAACCAAGAAGUGUGUCUCGGGGAUUUCUAACAUUCUCAACAUCAUGAUGUCUGACAGAAACAUGAUUUCCUCAAAUUCAUUUGUCGAAGAUUGGGAGUCUCAUGAAUUAGUGGAUUUGCUAUCACAGUUGUCCUCGACCGGGAAUCGGGAAAAGUGUAUUUAUCUCUUGGAGGUUUUUGAUACACUAUGGGAUGAGUACUUCAGCAAUAAGGUCAGUGGAUACUGCAACACGUCUUCUGCUGAAAAGAUACCUUUAAAGUCCUCAUUAUUAAGUUCCUUGCAUGAUGUUAAAUGGAUAGCUACAGCUGUUGGCGAGGACCUAUACUGUCCUAAAGAAGUAUUUCAUGAUUGUGAAGCAGUGUGGUCGCUUUUGGGUCUUAAUGUACCUUAUGCUGUUCCAAAAGUAAAAAGUACCAAACUAGUAAAUGAUCUAGGUUUUAAGAUCCGUGUCACCCUUGACGACAUUUUGUCUAUACUUCAAGUAUGGAGAACUUCUCAAAUCCCAUUUAGGGCUAGCAUAUCACAGAUGUCCAAGUUAUACUCAUUUAUUUCUUAUGAAAUGGUUACUUCAAACAGAAAAAUAAUGAGUACUUUAACCUCUGGAGCUUUCAUAUUUGUCCCAUAUUCAGCUGGAUCUUCAUACCAGGAUGUUGUUUCUGGUGCACUUAUGUCUCCUGAAGAAGUGUAUUGGCAUGACCUGACUGGUUCGGUGGACUCGGUUAAGGGCAUACAUCCAUCUACUGAUUUGGCUGGUAAGACCCAUGGUCCUUGCAGCAAUAUGUUAAAAAGCAUAUAUCCCGGCCUUCACGAUUUCUUUGUGAACGAUUGUGGAGUACAAGAGACUCCACCUUUCCGAAACUACCUUCAAAUUUUGCAGCAGCUCUCAGCUGUUGCUUUACCAUCACAGGCAGCUAAGACUGUGUUUCGGGUUUUUUUAACAUGUGCUAACGGCUUGAAAUCUGGAACAUUAAGUUCUAAGGAUAUUGAUUAUUUAAAAGCAUGUCUUCUAAACUUGGAUUUUACUGUGCUUCCAACUUCAGUAGAUAGAUGGAUAUCUUUGCACCCAUCAUUUGGUCUUGUCUGUUGGAGUGAUAAUGAGAAGUUAAGAAAGGAAUUCAAGCAUUGUGACAAUAUUGAAUUUCUUUACUUUGGGGAGUUAAGUGAAGAAGAAACAGAGACACUCCAGAAGAAGAUCUCUGUGUUUAUGAGACAGGUGGGAAUACAUGCUCUUUCUGAAGUUGUGACUCGGGAAGCAAUAUAUUACGGUCCAGCAGAAUCUGAGUUUAAGACUUUGCUGAUUAACUGGGCCCUUCCAUUUGCUCAGCGUUAUAUCUAUAAAACAUAUCCUGAUAGAUAUAAUCAACUGAAACAAUCUGGAUUUGUGGACAUCUGCCAAUUGCGUAUAGUUGUUGUUGAGAAGUUGUAUUACAGAAAUGUUAUAAAGAGAUCUGACCUAUCAUCCAAAAAGAGACGGGAGUGCAGUUGUCUUCUUCAGGGAAAUAUCUUGUAUGUCACCCAGGAGUCAGAUUCUCACUCAGUCUUUUUGGAGCUUUCACGUCAAUUGGUUGAUGGGAAUCCUGAAUUGCAUUUAGCAAAUUUCCUUCAUAUGAUCACAACCAUGGCAGAAUCUGGUUCCUCUGAAGAGCAGACAGAGUUUUUUAUUUUAAAUAGCCAGAAAGUGCCCAAACUUCCUGAAGAAGAAUCGGUUUGGACGCUUUCAUCUGCACUGCAAUCAGCUGAGAAUGACAGUACACAAAUGAAAAGUGUCACACCAGUGAUUGAUGAAUCAAAUUCUUUGUCUAAAAGGAGACAUAAUGUCAAUUCCAACUGGCCUCCUGCCGACUGGAAAACUGCACCUGGUUUUGGUUCUGCCUACGCGAAUGGCUUGAUGACGCAGCCAUGCAAUACUACGCAGCUGAGAAAGGAAAACAAUGAUGACGAACUUUCACGCCUUAUGGACAGUACAGCUACAGUCAAGGCCAAUGCUGACAGAACCCUGGAAGAUGAUGAAUUAGCUGCCCCACCUGCAGAUAUCAACAUAAAUUUAGAAUCUUUGGAAGAUCAGCCCGAUUAUGUGAACAAUAUGGUUAUAUCUGGUAGGAAUGUUGAUUUUGAUUCUGUUGACCUAGUUGCUACAAAUGAAGGUCCAAAUACUAGCACUGCAAUUCCCUUUGAAAGAGACCAACUUUCCACUGGCAAUGCCAAUGUAGAACAAGCAUUGUUAACGGGGAGGCUUGGAGAAUUUGUAGCUUACAGAUACUUUUCAGGGAAGUUUGGCACGACUUGUGUGAAAUGGGUCAAUGAAACUCAUGAGACUGGAUUCCCAUAUGAUAUUGUUGUAGGAGAUGAGUACAUAGAAGUAAAAGCAACCAAGUCUGCUAGAAAAGACUGGUUCAACAUAACAGCUAGAGAGUGGCAGUUUGCAGCUGAGAAAGGAGAAUGCUAUAGCAUUGCACGUGUUACUUUGCACGGUAAUGACAUGGCUAAGCUCACAGUAUACAAGAAUCCAGCAAGACUCUGCCAGCUUGGCCAGCUGCAGUUAGCCAUUCUGAUACCUAGGUCGCAGCAUCAGAAAGAAUUUUCAGUUGUUGCCUGAUAUCAUUUCAUGCUGAUGUGGAAGGCAUCUGGGUAAUUGCAUUGCCUGGAAUUUUGACUCUGAUUAGUAAACUGAAAGAGGUUCGUGUGCAUAUAUAUGUGGCAACCAUUUCUUUUUCCUGUACAGUUUUCUUGGAUUGAUUGUAAUAUGGCGGGACAGUGCAUACUGUGAGGUUUACAGUGCACAGGGAGCUAAUUGCAAGCUCCUCUCACAGAGAAGUAGAGAACAUAUCCAGGUGUUUCAAGAAAUUCGUUCGGAAUUGAAUAUGUAUAACAAAAUUUGUAAUGAUUCAAGCAUGGUGAGUAUCCAUUGUAAGUCCCAUUUGACAUUUCACCACAGCUUUUGUUUUUUAACAGAAAUUCGUGCAAUUGAGCAUUCUUCUUGUUUGCUAUAGAGGAAUCUUUCAUACAUGUAACAAAUAAAGCUAUUGACUAGAAUAUGAAUAGUACUUCCUCUGUCCCA